AUUUAUGUGAUAGUUAAAAAUAUGUAGUGAAAAUAGCUUUGUCAGACCAGACUUUAUAUUUUGAGGGACACUUACUUUCAUUUAAAAAUAAUAAAGAAAGAAAAAGUUAACUUAAAGUAACAUAAUGCGACUGCUAUCUAUCAUAUUCUGAUCUAUCAUAUUAAAAUAUGUUUCAUGUAGCAAUAAAAUAUAAAAUGAUUUUUACGAUUAUAACAUUAAAUAAUUUUUGUCAUCAUCGCAUUAUGAUAUUAAAUUUAAUAUUAUAAUAUACCAUGUUACGACAACAAAAAUCAUGAUAUUUAAUAUAGCGUGAAAAAGUAUCUUAAUACGAGUUUCGAUAGACGGCACGGUAAUGGCGUGUUACUUCCUUUCUUAAUUUUUUCUAUUAUUUCCAAAUGUGAUAUCAGACUCCGAUAUAAAAUCUGACAAGACUGAGUGAUUGAACACUUAAAAACUUAAAUGAAGUAAAUGAUACUACAUAGUAGAUUUAUUAUCAUUUACUAAAUAGAAUAUAAUGUUCGUGCUGUUAUCUAUAUAUAUUUGUGUUAUAAUGAAAUUGAACUAAUUCGGAAAGAUAUGUACAAAUUGUUAAGAAAUAAUGUUUAAUUACCUAAGAUCUGAUAUAAUCUUACUUAGGUAUUAAUAAAUUAUGAAAGAAUUAUGAACUGAGUUAAUUAAACGUAAAAGCACUUCUUCAUAUUAUAAUGUAUAGAAAUUUUUAUCAAAUUUAAUAUAUUAUUCAACUUUUUAUAUUAUUCAGAAUAAUUAAGUCAAAAAACAGUAUCUGUGGAUGAUCAAAAGUUGACCAUGAUUUGUUCGAGCAGCAUACUAGCACAUUUAGUGAAACUCUUUGUAACACUUUGUUGUAUGAAAACUCUCAAUAAUACAUAUGAUAAAACAAGUAUCUGGUCCUUUCGUGCCUUUCAAAUUCUACUUUCACAUGCCAUAGUAGGAGCAUUCAGAUUUGGAGCUCCACUUUUUACAUCAGGAACCAAUAUAAUAAAAUACUUAAGAAUUUUUUAUGAUUGGUACUCUAAGAUAGUGGAUGUUAUACCAUUGGCAUUGUUUACUGGUGGUAUUUUACAAGGAUAUGGGAUUAGUGAAAAAGUCCGACUUAUAAUACUUUCAUUGGGCAUUUUGCCAGUAUUUUUUCAUUUACAACCAAAACGAAAAGAAAACCAAAUGAGAAGGCAUCAAUUAUUAAUAAAUAUUACUACUACUCUGCAAUUGUUAAUGAUUAUGUUGAUUGGUUUGAGAAACAAUAAUUACAAUGUUAUUAGUUUAGUUAUGUCAUAUAUAUUUGAACGUUUUUUUAUUGAUGAAUUUUGUUAUUAUUAUGAUAUCCCAAGUACUGAUCUAACUCAAUAUUCUCUUUGUUUUGUAGAAAUUUUUAUGGUUUUGACAUUGAAUGAAAUGUGAUAAGAAUAUAUAUAUAUAUUAAUAUAAGAAUAUAAAAUAAUAAGAAUAUAAUAUUAUAUCUUUUAUGCUAGGUUCAUAAUGAUGCUAAUAAAUAGCAGAGCAGAUCAAGCAAUUAUAGAUUGUUCGCUCAGUUUUUGGAUAAUUUAAUUUUUACAUAUUUUUACAUACCUUUUUUUGUAAAAAUAUCUGGAAAAUAUUUAUUUAUAGCUGUAUAUUUAAUAACAAAUAAUAAAAUAAUAAAAUAAUAAUAAAUAAUAAAAAUUAUAAUAGAAAACAUUGAUAAAAGAAUUUUUAUAUGAAAAACAAAUGUAAUAAAACAAUGAACAAUUAAUAUUUAUUAAAAAAUAAAAGGAUUUAAAAACUUUACUAGUAUGUUAUAUAAAAAUUAUGAGAAAUUAUUUAAUAUAAUUGAACUAUAGUUACAUUACAACAUAUACGCUUUGAACUCAUGAGCAAAUAUAACGUUUUCCGAAUAAAUUUUAUUUUUAUGUUUUUAUGUUAUGUUAUGUUAUAUUAAUCAAUUUGAUGCUGAUUGCUUACUGUUCGCAAAAAUGUUUAUUGUUGACGAAAAUAAUUUGCAAAGAGCAGUAUGAAUGCAGCAUUAUAUAUUUAUGAAAAUAAAAUUUACAUAUAAUUAA